CAAGAGGGACAAAAAUGAGGGGAAAUAUAUUGAUAACCUCCUUCCUUUCUGUGUGACGUAUCUGAAUCUUAGAAAAAGAAGAAGAAGAAGCUGAUUCCUGCCGGGCAUCAUAAUAAGUUGAUGUGAUCAGUCUCCUUGCACAGAUCUAGACUCCGAGUCAGCCUGGAUCGGGAGUCCAUGUCAGGUUUUGGAGGAGUCCUGGGCUCAGACAGCUCCUGCAGACGGCAGCCUGCACUCCACUGCACUGGCGCUGUUUACUGGAAGCCCGCUCCGCGCUGCUUCCACCAAGUGUCUCAACACUGUGAGCGGGAUCUUCUCCAGAGGCGAGCCGCUGAAACUUGCCCACAGUCUCACUCAGAGGAGCCCAAUAGGAGCAGCGUCGGCGCUUAAAGUAGAGAGGAGAGACCCGUCUGCUUCUCCUCCUCUUCAUCAGACACUGAAAGCCCCCCUUUUUACACUCUGUCCCUUCUCAGUCACUCUGUCUUUUCUGUUGGGUCCCCGAGCUCCGCGUCUCCUCUUGCUUGUUUGUUGCCGCUGCCUCGGAGGAGCGCAGGAGGAGCGCACCAGGAGAGCCGAGAAUAGAUGAGCCGCUCAGAGGUGCACGAGGUGUUGAUGAGUCAGGACUGAGCAGCCAGAGCAACACCUUGCUUGCCAUGGAAGUGUGUGUCCGGUGCAGGAGAAUGUACGGGCUGAGAGGGGGACCUGCCGCCUGAGAGCCAGCCUCUGUCCCAGAUAAGGGGAGCAUGCCUCAGACCUGCAGACUCACUCUCUUCGCUGCAGAGGAGUUCCCAUCAGACUGUCUUUCCACAAUCUGACAUUUUUUUUCCUUUUUAUUUUUAUGCAACCAACAUACUGACUUCAUUUCAGCCUGUUUGGCUUCACUGCUUUUCAAGAAAGGUGAGAGGAUCAAUGAUGAGCAUCUCUGAGACCAGUUGGCUUGGACCUUUUUAAUCAGAACCUUUUUAGUCACAACACAAACCCGCCACAAUCCAUCAACGCCGGGCGCCAUGGCAUGCUCCCUGUGGAAACUACACACCUUCUGCUGGUUUCUCAUCACACUAGCCCAAGUACACUCCACAGAGGGGUUUAGUCGAGCUGCCCUGCCAUUUGGCUUAGUACGGAGAGAGCUGUCUUGUGAGGGUUACCCCAUCGAUCUGCGGUGUCCAGGAAGUGAUGUCAUAAUGAUCGAAAGUGCCAACUAUGGCCGAACAGAUGACAAGAUCUGCGACGCCGACCCUUUCCAGAUGGAGAAUAUCAACUGCUAUCUUCCAGAUGCCUACAAGAUCAUGUCACAAAGAUGCAACAAUCGGACCCAGUGCAUUGUGAUAACGGGUUCAGAUGUCUUCCCUGACCCCUGCCCAGGGACCUAUAAGUACCUGGAGGUCCAGUAUGAGUGUGUGCCCUACAUUUUUCUUUGUCCUGGGACUCUGAAAGCUGUUGGUGAUCCUUCCUUUCUAUUUGAAGCGGAGCAACAAGCCGGCGCCUGGUGCAAAGACCCACUGCAAGCUGGCGACAAAAUCUACUUCAUGCCUUGGACUCCUUACAGGACAGACACUCUCAUUGAGUAUUCCUCCCUGGAUGACUUCCAAAACGCCCGGCAAACCAUCACCUACAAGCUGCCCCACCGGGUGGAUGGGACUGGAUUUGUGGUCUACGACGGGGCGGUGUUUUUCAACAAGGAGCGUACCCGCAACAUUGUCAAGUUUGACCUGCGAACUCGAAUUAAAAGUGGUGAGGCAAUCAUCAAUAACGCCAACUACCACGACACGUCGCCCUACAAGUGGGGCGGUAAAACAGACAUUGACCUGGCGGUAGAUGAGAACGGGCUGUGGGUGAUCUACGCCACCGAGCAGAACAACGGCAUGAUCGUGAUCAGCCAGUUGAACCCCUACACACUGCGAUUCGAGGCUACCUGGGACACUGCCUAUGAUAAGCGCUCAGCCUCCAAUGCCUUCAUGGUUUGUGGAGUACUCUAUGUGGUCCGCUCCACCUAUGAAGACAAUGAAAGCGAGGUCAGCAAGAGUCUGAUCGAUUACAUUUACAAUACCAAACAGAACCGUGGGGAAUAUGUUGAUAUUCACUUUCCCAACCAGUACCAGUACAUUGCAGCUGUGGAUUACAAUCCGCGAGAUAACCAGCUUUAUGUUUGGAAUAAUUUUUACAUCCUGAGAUACAACCUGGAGUUUGGCCCACCUGAUCCAGCACAUGCUCCGCCGCUGUCAGAAGUCACCACGUCCCCUCAGCCUCAGAGAACUACAACCACCACCACAACAACCACAGCACACUGGGGUGUGGCCAACACUACCACCACAACAGGGCUCAAGGAGGGCAGCAGGGGAGCGCCCAAGCCGCCUCCUGUGAUUCCACAGACUACUUCCCCUCCGCCCCUCGAGUCCUUCCCUUUACCCGAGCGCUUCUGCCCUGCCACCGAGAACAGAAGCAUAAUGUGGCCUCAGACCCAGAGGGGCAUGCUCGUGGAGCGACCUUGCCCCAAGGGAACACGAGGCACAGCCUCUUAUUUAUGUGUCCUUUCCACUGGGGCCUGGCACCCAAAGGGCCCUGAUCUCAGCAACUGUACCUCCCACUGGGUCAACCAAGUAGCCCAAAAGAUCCGCAGCGGUGAAAAUGCAGCUAACUUGGCCAACGAGUUAGCCAAGCACACCAAAGGCCCCAUCUUUGCCGGGGACGUCAGCUCCUCGGUACGCCUGAUGGAGCAGCUGGUGGACAUCCUGGAUGCUCAGCUGCAGGAGCUCAGACCCAGCGAGAAGGAUUCUGCAGGGCGGAGCUUCAACAAGCUUCAAAAGCGAGAAAGGACAUGCAGGGCAUACAUGAAGGCCAUCGUGGACACGGUAGAUAACCUCCUGCGACCGGAGGCCUUGAAGUCCUGGCAAGACAUGAACAGCACGGAGCAAACGCACGCAGCCACCAUGUUACUAGAUACGCUGGAGGAAGGGGCCUUCGUCCUCGCCGACAACCUCAUGGAACCUGCCAUCGUCAAAGUCCCUGCAGACAAUAUAAUCCUGGAUGUGUAUGUGCUCAGCACUGACGGCCAGGUCCAGGAUUUUAAAUUUCCACAAUCCAGCAAGGGCGGCAUCUCGAUCCAGCUGUCGGCCAACACGGUCAAGCUCAACAGUCGGAAUGGAGUUGCCAAGCUGGUUUUUGUGCUCUACAAAAAUCUGGGCCAGUUCCUCAGUGCAGAAAAUGCCACCAUUAAGAUGGCCAACGAGGCUUACGGCCGCAACGUGUCGGUGGCCGUCAACUCUGACAUCAUCGCCGCCUCAAUCAACAAAGAGUCCAGCCGUGUAUUCAUUAACGACCCGGUGAUUUUUACCCUGGAGCACAUUGAUAUGGAGCACUACUUCAACUCCAAUUGCUCCUUCUGGAAUUACUCUGAGAGGAGUAUGAUGGGCUACUGGUCCACCCAAGGCUGCAAACUCCUGGACUCCAAUAAAACACACACCACCUGCUCCUGCAGCCAUCUCACCAACUUUGCCAUCCUCAUGGCACACCGUGAAAUCUCAGUUAACGACAGAGUGCACGAGCUGCUUCUGACCGUCAUCACCCGCGUUGGGAUCGUGGUGUCCCUCGUCUGCCUCAUCAUCAGCAUCUUCACCUUCUGCUUCUUCCGGGGCCUGCAGAGCGAUCGCAACACCAUCCACAAGAACUUGUGCAUCAAUCUCUUCAUCGCAGAGUUAAUAUUCCUAAUUGGUAUCGAUAUGACGGAACCCAGGAUUGGAUGCGCCAUCAUCGCGGGGAUCCUCCACUUCUUCUUCCUGGCUUCCUUCUCCUGGAUGUGUCUUGAGGGAGUUCAGCUGUACCUCAUGCUGGUGGAGGUCUUUGAGAGCGAAUACUCGCGGAAGAAGUACUACUACGUGUCCGGUUACCUCUUUCCUGCCAUUGUGGUCGGCGUCUCCGCAGCCAUCGACUACAGGAGUUACGGGACCAAGAAAGCGUGCUGGCUAAGUGUGGACAAUCAUUUCAUAUGGAGUUUUAUAGGACCUGUCACCUUUAUCAUCAUGCUCAAUCUCAUCUUCCUGGUCAUCACAAUGUACAAAAUGGUGAAGCACUCCACCACCCUGAAACCAGACUCUAGCCGACUGGAGAAUAUAAAAUCCUGGGUCAUGGGUGCCUUUGCUUUGCUGUGUCUGCUGGGUCUCACGUGGUCCUUCGGCCUCUUCUUCAUCAACGAGGCCUCGAUUGUCAUGGCAUACCUCUUCACCAUAUUCAACACCUUCCAAGGAAUGUUUAUCUUCAUCUUCCACUGCCUUCUCCAGAAAAAAGUCCGCAAAGAGUACAGCAAGUGCUUCCGCCACACGUACUGCUGCGGCGGGCUGCCAACUGAGAGCUCACACGGUUCUGCAAAGACUUCCACCACACGGACCAGCGCACGCUACUCCUCUGGUACACAGAGUCGUAUCAGGAGAAUGUGGAAUGACACCGUAAGAAAGCAAUCUGAGUCCUCCUUUAUCUCAGGUGACAUCAACAGCACCUCCACCCUUAACCAAGGAAUGACCGGGAAUUAUCUACUAACAAAUCCUCUUCUUCGACCACAAGGCACUAACAACCCUUAUAACACCUUACUGGCCGAGACAGUCGUAUGUAACACCCCCACGGCUCCAGUGUUUAACUCGCCAGGUGUGCUUACUUAAUACUUUCACCUGCAUUCAGGCUCUUCUCUCUUUGCCUCCUCUCUGUCUCUCCCUCUUUGUCUUUUUUAGUUGAGUAUACAGCAAACCAAAUGAAAAGCAGGAUGUUCUGCAGUAUCUCCUUUCCGUCUGAAUCAUUGUCUCCCAAGUACUCGAUACAGUGCGUGCUGUGUGCACACAUGUUUUCAUGCGCGGGGAGAUUUUUGUGGCUCGUCUCGACCCACCCUCCGCGCUCUCAUGUUUCUCUUAUCCAAACUCUGAAUGGGACAUAAUGAUUAAGAUGGGAAGGAGAUACUGCGUGUUCUGCCUUGAGAUAAUGUAAACAGUGGUGUAGACGUGAAGCUGUAGUAUAAACCACAUGGUUAUUAAGAUUUAUGCUCCUGAAUUUGUCAGGUGAUUUGUUAUUUUUUGUGUGUUUUAGAGGGAGCUUUCCCCUUAAAACGUGUUAAAGUGCAAGCAAAUUCUGUGCUGCUUAACGCAGAUCGACUUAAUGCAGCUUUUGCAUUAAGUUAUCUGUGUAUAGAUGUAUUUGGUAUUUGGUUACAGCUGAUACGCAUAAAAAUCACUAUAUCUCAACUGCACAUGGCAUUUAAGCAUAUCACUGUAAAGAUUGUGCUGCAAUUAUGUGUGCUAUUCUAUUUUGAAACUGAAAUGGCAUCUUCUGUCAUGUUUUGUGCUUCUCCCCUGUGCUUCCCUCUAGUGACCUACAGAGAGACAAGUAUGGGAGUAAAACUUAACUUUGCCUAUCAAAUGUAAAUUUUUUUCAGCAUGCUUAUUAUAAACAACCAAAACCCUGGCACAAUCACUUGGUUUACUUUUAGGCCAUUAACACACACUCAGUGAGCAAGUGGUUCACAAAAUUAUCCACCCCAAAUUCAACCCUAAUCUGAAAAAGACAAAUACAAGAUUUAUCCAGCCAUUGGAAAUAAUCUUCCAGAUCUGACAGCUUUAUCGCACACGCCCAUGACUCUGCUUCUCUCUCUUCUGCUUAAUCUGUGAUUUUUAACCGACCAAAAAUGUGUUGCUUUUUUUUUCUGGCAGAAAGGAGCAUUGUUAAGAAAGGUUUCAUUUUCUUUAGUUCUUUUCUUUUCUCCCAAAAUGUCUGUCCUCCUGUGGCAUUCGGCAGUCUCAGUGUCCAGAAGUAUUCCCCUCACACCUCUCCAGACAACACCUGUCUGGACACUAAAUUGCCUCCUAGCAGGCACAAACACAUGGAUGUCAUGGCAGCAGCUGUUUAAUUUUCCCCUUAUAUUAUUUUUUUUUUCACACAACCUCUCUUGUCAUUUCCCCCUAAUUCCCAACAGGCUCUGUUAAAACCUUUAACAUGCCUCCUACAUUGACGAUCACUCCCCUUUAUUUCGGACAAAGACAAACGUUGCUGUGAAACAUCUCAUUAGUCUCCAGCGUAAUUUAUUACAUUUGUUGUUCUACGAGGAGGCAUGUUAGCCACAGCAGAGCACAUUUUUCCUUUAUCUCCUCUCUCAAUCAUGGCAUAGCCAAUAUUUAUCCUUUUUUCUGCUGCUUUCCAUGACCUCCAUGCUUUGAGAAAUUCCUAACAUGACUGCGCCUGACCUCUGCAGCGGCUGUGUUAUUCUUGAGCUGUUCUGCUAGUGACCAGGGUCUCACUGGGAACUGUCACUGUGACGGAUGCCAAGUGCUGGGCUGCGGGCAAGCUCUGACCUUUGCCAGCUUUGGGUACACAAGCUGCCAACUAAUGGACAGAAAGUGUACCAACACAAGCACAAAAAAAGAAGAAGAAAAAAAAAAGCAUCUACAAAAAGUAGCUGUUGGCUAAUUCCUAAAAGUAAAAAGCUAUUUAAUGCUUGUUUGUUUUCUUUGCUGAACCCUUGCUCUUGCUAAGUUGCAGUUAAGACUUUUACUUUACGUUUUGUUGUUCUUUUGAGUGAUUCUUCUUCUUCAUGUUACAAUAAAUCAUUUUACUUUCUUUUGUACAUCAGCUGCUCUUAGACCAGAUAGCCUGAGCAGACAGACAUGAUGUGAGUUGUCCAAAGUGAGUCUUUUCACCUGCUGUGUGUGGUGAUGGUGGAGUGCUGCUUGUGGGCUCCCCUUGUAGUGAGAACAAAGAUGGCUGUCCCAUGUUGAUACAUGACUACUUCCCCUUCUCUGUCCAUGUCAUCUUUUCCCAUCUCUGUCCUUUUCUUUCCCUCGGCACAUCCAACCUAUUAGUUGCUAGAAAACCUCUAAGUGUUGUAGCUUGCCCGUUUGUGGCUUCAUACUUGUGGACAUCUACUUUUGCCCGGUGUGUUGUGAUGGUGAUUACUGUUGCAGUUUGUUUCUUAAUGUUGUUUGGGAUCUUUUUCAUUGCUUUGUCACGUUAGUGGCAGACUAAAACGCACAGUGCUCUGCUUAUUAUAAAGCCAUUCUUUAAAAGUCAAAUAUGUGAGAAAGUAAAAUGAUUUCUCAUCGCAGAUAAUGCAUGCGUACAUAUAUAUAUAUAUUGUAUGUUAAGGAUUGUGCCUAACUAACGGAUUUACGGCAUGGCUUAAUUUGACUUGAGUUCUCUGUGUGAAACUGCAUCCUAAACAGCAUUAAAGUUCUGUUCCUUUAUUUAAAGGUCACUGGUGUUGACUAAUGUAAACUCCCCUCACAUGUCCUUCUCUUUGCAGGGCACUCACUGAACAAUGUGGUGAGGGAUACAAG